ACGUGCGUAGCUUCUGACGGUGCCCGUACCGCAAAUAUGUCAAAGAAGCAGCAUUUCCGAGCGCGGCUGACAAUAAUCCAGCCACUUCCUGAUCAAUCCCCCGUAGCGGGCAGUAGCCCCGUGCUCGACAGGCCACAACAGCAACAACAAGCUUCUUCGUCUUCUGCACCGAGUACGCGGUUGCGGGGUAGCGGCCCAGAGAGGGCGUUCACCCAGCAUUCAUGUCUCGAACGCCGCAACACGUGAGCCACGGGCGUGUUUCUCCGAAUCCGUGCCUCGGCCAGCGACGCAGACGACUUCCCAGCCGGCAACAGCGACGAUCGCCGUCGCCGCGCCAACGGAGCAUGCUACGCCGAGGCUGAAAUCCGGCAGGAGCUGCGUGCGACCAUCCCGGCCCGGGAUUGGGACGCUAAGCCUACGGGCGCCCAACGGUGACCGCAGUUGCGACCGCUCGUGUCGUCCGCUGGGGCGCCGCACCACGCGCGCGCUGCGUCGCGUUCAUGCUGCCGGACGAUGCGCAACGGUGAGGCGACGAGAACCCAGCUCCACGAUGCUCUACAUCGAGCUCGACCCUGCCGGCAGCGUUAGGUGGUGGCUCCCGACGAGUUGUCCGGAGGCCUGUCACCCAUUGGACGUCGCGCGCGGACUUAUCUCGGCGCACCCGAUACCGCUGUCCAUAAAACGGAGGCUGCACCCGGUCGCGGGUCAGCGCUAUGCCGGCGCCACCACCGCAGCCGCCGCUCCCGACCGACCUGUCGUCUGCUGCGGUUCGCCGCCCAUCGCCAGCUCCGCAGCCGCUCGACAAGGCGGCGUCGCGGCGCUGCUCGCCUCUCCGACGCUCGGCGGAAGUGACGCAGUUCGACUCUGUUCUCCACGCGUAGCGGAUCCGGAACACUCGCCAGUGCAUCCGACGACGUCACAGAGCCGUGGUGACGCCACCAGCGCUCGCCGCCGCCGAGCUUCUGCUGCUGCUGCCCGCGGCGGCGUCUCAAAGAUGGCUCUCCUGUUUUACACGCUCUACGGGUUUGCCAUCAUCUUCUUCGCCGGCUGGUGGUUCGUCUGGCUGCUUCAUCUACUGGCCAUCUUCAACGGAAAAAUGAAGCUUCAUAAAAAGAAAGCCCUUCCGCCCCUGGAGGUGCCACUGCCCGGCGUGUCCAUCAUCAAACCAUUGACGGGGGUGGACCCAAACCUCUUCAGCAACCUCGAAUCAUUCUUUACUAUGAAUUAUCCACAGUUUGAGCUUUUGUUCUGCAUCCAAGAUGAAGGGGACCCUUCCAUAAUGCUAGUGAGGAGACUCAUGGAGAAACACCCGCUGGUCGACGCCAGGGUCUUUGUAGGGGGCUGCCCUGUUGGGGUGAAUCCCAAGAUCAACAAUAUGCAACCAGGCUACGAAGCUGCCAAGUAUGAGCUCAUCUUGAUCUCCGACAGUGGAAUUCGGAUGAAGGAGGACACGCUCCUGGACAUGGUGCUGACCAUGGCGGACGACGUGGCCCUGGUCCACCAGAUGCCUUUUGCCUGUGAUAGAAAGGGUUUCCCGGCCAUUUUAGAGAAGGUAUACUUUGGAACGGCGCACGCACGCAUCUACCUGGCCGCCGACUUUCUGCGCAUAAAUUGUGCAACGGGAAUGUCGGCGUUGAUGCGGAAGAAGCUGCUCGACGAGGUGGGCGGCAUCAGGGCGUUUGGCCACUACUUGGCAGAGGACUUCUUCUUUGCCAAGUCUUUUGAAGACAGGGGCUGGAAGAUCAAGAUCAGCUCCCAGCCAGCGUGGCAGAACUCUGGCCUCUGUGAGGUCGGGCUUUUCCAAACCCGGGUGGCGAGGUGGGCCAAGCUACGGUUCGCCAUGCUGCCGCACACCAUGCUGCUGGAGCCCCUGUCGGAGUGCAUGCUGCUGGGGGCGAUGGUGGCGUGGGCCACCAGCUUCCUCUUCCAGUGGGACGCCUUCGCCGUGUACCUGCUGCAUCUGCUGCUCUGGUUCCUGCUCGACUGGAUGUUGCUCAGCAUCGUGCAGAAUGGCCUUCUUCCAUUCAACAAGUGGGAGUUUGUGGUCGCAUGGACAUUCCGAGAGUGCGGCGCCCUCUACCUGUUCCUGCACGCCUUGUGGAACCCGACGAUUCGGUGGCGCGCGGGACUGUAUCGGUUACGAUGGGGUGGCGCCGUGGAAGUGGUCAAGCCAGACUCUUAGUGACCCCCCCUGCUCCCCGACCUCUAGGAAAAAAAAUAUAUAUGUGCCGUGACAUGGCGCGCAGCUGACUGCCGCUAUUGAUACAAGAUUGCGAACAAAGCAAGAAAAGGAAAAAAAAAGUGCCGGCCACGGAAGCUGCGGAAAGUGCCCUUUCUUUACCCGCUGCCGGUCAGCCCCGACCCGCAAGCCUUCUUCCAGCAACGGCAGAUUUUUCAUUCCUCCGUGGUUCCUCUUUCGCCGGGUGUGCGCCUCGGCUUUCGGGCGGCUCAGUUGCUUCGCAACGAGUCGAUGCAACGCAGCGCCUAUCGUGUGCUGACUCAAUGUCGUGCUGCAGCGGAAAGACGGCAGCAAGCAGCAGCCCCUAGUCGGCGGUGCCAGACGUUUUAUUGUUUUUCUUUCUUUCUUUGUUUUACUUCAAGUGCCGGGAGCUCGUGCUGGUUGCGCGUUUCAACGGCUAGACUGGAUUACAAAGUGCAUCGGGAACGAAUGUGCGUGUGUGUGCGUGUGUGUGCCAGACCUACGUGUGUUUUGUACAUAGAAUGAAAGGGACUUGUAGCUCUUUACUCUUUCCUUGUGCCCUCGCUGUCAUCUGUAAGAUUUUUUCUUUCCUCUUCUUUUUCCCCCCGUGUUGUUAAAUUUCGUUGGCAUCGUUUCCUUCACACUUUUGUUUGGACUCAUCAUGUGUCUCUGGGACCGAAGAAUGUGGUGUACAUGCACCGUGGGACACGCUUGGUGCCAGAACAUUGUCACCACUCCGAGAUUUGUUCACGGACAUCGCGUUCCUUUUCUCUCCUUUCUAUAUUUUUUUUUCUUCUGCCAUGCCUUGUUACUUCCCCAGUGACUUUUUAACCGAGCCUGAGGCGUUGUUUCUGUUUCCAUUGUUUGUUGUUCCUUGUGGGUUUGUUGGUUGCUUGUUGUUUUGAGUAAAGAAAAAGACCUGA